AUGUACACAAUUGUUGGAGAUUCGUGGGUUAGUCAUCUAGAGCGCCAUGUAAAAUUAGGCCAGCCCGACGGCAAACUGUAUGGUAACGAGACCAUCUGGCUUGGAGUACCAGGCCUCACUUGUGCCAAGGUAACGGGUCGACUUCUUACAGAAGCAACAAGAAGGAAGCCAGAUGUUGUUAUUCUACACAUCGGCGGAAAUGAUCUGUCUUCCCUACAUCUACCAACAGUAGUUGUGGCGAAUAUUCUUGCGAUUCGACAGCAGCUUCUGCAACACGGCGCCAAGAGGGUAAUGGUCACCGAGAUUCCGCCACGCAGGUUGACCUUCAAAAGAGACCAAACCAGAUUCACCACCGAUGAAAAGAUGUGUCACCAAGAGGCUGUGGUGAAGGCAAAUACAACAUUACGAGAGCAGCUAGGCCUCGAUUUCAUCCGGAUCACCAAGAAGAUUCGAUUUCCUCGCCAUUAUGGUCGUGAUGGUGUCCACUUGAAGCCCGCUGGCAACCAAGCACUGUUUUACAGUGUUUUGAGGGGACACUGUUCAUCAAUACAGCACAUUCCAGACGUUGCAAAGGGCAUCCGCAAAGAUCCCGAGUUUCGUCAACUACCUCAACGGGUAGCUGUUCUUAGGAAGCAGAUAGAAGAUAUGAAAAACGACAGAAAGAAAAAUUGUGCCUUACUGAAGAAGACUCGAACAGCCAUUGUUGAUGAAAUCAAAGCAAUCCGUAAAAAGAUCAACGAUAUUCUUGACAAGAUGGAGAAAACAACCGUUCAAGAAUUAGACCGUCUGGUGUCUGAUCAGGAGCUGUCCAUUAAGAAAGAUAUGGAAUCCUGCACUCAGAUGCACGACGAAUUAAAGAACAUUAUGGAUGACAUACAAAGCAAAGACUCAUCCGGCGAAACACCCCUAUACAUUGGGUUCAGAAAUUGUGAAAAAAAAAUCAAACAAGCAAACGAAAUACUGCAAAACAUGUCAAAUGUUGUCAAAUACGAUAUAACUUUUCGUAAACAUAAUGGAAUAGAAGAUUUUUUGUCCUCGAUGAAGACAUUUGGAGAGUUAAAUGAAUCGAAUGUUUAUUGUUACAAGGAGUACAACGUGAAGAUGAGUUCAGACAAAGAUACAUGUGGUAUUCUAGGGAUAUGUGAGCUGCCUGGUGGAGAGUUUGUUAUUACAGACUACAACAACAUGACAGUGAAACUCCUGGACCAGGAGUACAGGGUUGUCGACCACUGUGAUGUUCCUAAGUAUCCCAAUGACGUGUGCCACAUUGGCGGGAAUGAGGUUGCGCUUUGUGUUAACAAUGAUGAAAGACAUGAACUUCAUUUCAUUAACAUAACAAAAGGGAAACUUGUGACUACGAGAAAAUUAAGUUUCACCCAUAGAUGUUACAGCGCAGCUCAUCACGGGAACAACCUUUACAUUUCAUCACGCACCGCGCUGUACGUCUAUACGAUGACGGGGAAGCAGGUAAAGACGCUGUACGAGGACAAGUCCGCUGAUUACACGGUGGUGAGAAUUGCCAUCAGUAACGACGGGAAGACUAUCUACAUCACAAACUACUCAAACAAUCAACUUAUCACCCUGGACAACCUCGGCAACAAGCUGGCCACAUUCACUGAUCCUGACUUGGUAGGACCUUACGGAGUACACGUGACAACUGCUGGACACGUGUUCGUCUGCUGCUUUGACUCCGACACAGUGCUGCAGGUUGACAAAGACGGGAAGACGAAGUUGGCCACACUGGCAAGGAAACAAGACGGAGUGUGGUAUCCUAAAGCUUUGUUCUUCAGCAGCCGCUUUUCCUCUCUGGUUGUCGGCGGAUGGAAAGACACGCUCCUCGUCAUCAAUGUACGAUAAAUAAUAGAUCCAAUUACAAGUGGCAAAAAUUACAAUUAUUAUAACUGAUUGAUUUUUACUUUAACCUUUCUCGUAAAUAUAAGUACGGAUGGAAAAUGUACAUGUAUAUAAUACAAGAAUCAUAUUUGCUUAAACGUACAUAUACCUUUAUAUUUGACGUAUUUUAUUUGCUUUUAGCUACAUAGUUAUAAUGUUUAUCGUGCACAUGUUAUUCAACUUAAUGACUUUUUAUUGUAUAAUGUUAUUCCCUUAUAUUCAAUAUGUUGUUAGUGUGUAUGUAUACUCGUAUAUAUAUAAUUAUAUAUAUAUAUUUAGAUUUAUUCUUUAUUUAAUGUUAAAAUAAAAUAUAUUAUACGGCCCGUUUUGCCAUGUGCCUUUAAAAAGCUUCAAUACUUUUACUACAACUACAAGAGAGCCAGUUAUAUGUUAACUAUUUUCACUGGACACCUAGAUGAACGUAGGUGCAUUAAUUAUGCAGAGUUUCUUUAAAGUAAAAACAAUAACAACAUAUACCAUGAUUAUAGUUGGUUUUGUUUUCAAUUAAAGGCACACAAUAAAGAUGGAUUC